CUGUUGCUUCUUCUGCCCACGUUCUCUAAUCAUUUUCCAUUUUCUUUUCUUGAGUUUUAACUUAGCAACAUUCGCCAUUGUCGGUUGGUAGUUCACAGCUUUUGGUCUGUUAAUUUAACCUUCAAAUCCAUCCAAAACAGCUACUUCGUGCUGUCUUCAAUGCUAAAACAUCACUUCCUUUCAUAAAAAUCAAAUCUUUUCACAUGCUUAUUAUAGUGAUAGACCUCGCAUAUCAGCUACUAUAUUACAAGUACCAAGCUUUUCCAGACUCCAUUGCUUAAAUGCAGCAAGGGUUCCAUUUUGUAGCCAUUGGAUUGACCAGAAGUAGUUAGUAAAGAAGAUAAGACCCAGUUUUGAUCUGCAACUAAUUCUGUUCAAUUGCAAGAAACUCAGGCUGAAGAUUGAGGCAUAAUUAUCAUGGAUAUUGAGUUUGGGAAGUCCUCGGAUGCUUCAAAGAAGGAUUCUUGGAAGACUGCAUUGCUUUUAGCAUACCAAAGCCUUGGUGUAGUCUAUGGGGACCUGAGCACUUCGCCUCUUUAUGUCUACAAGAGCACAUUUGCUGAAGACAUUCAACAUUCAAAGACAAAGGAAGAGAUUUAUGGUGUUCUAUCCUUUGUCUUUUGGACUCUUACUUUAGUCCCCUUAUUCAAGUAUGUUUUUGUUGUUCUUCGAGCAGAUGACAAUGGAGAGGGAGGUACUUUUGCAUUAUAUUCUCUGAUAUGCCGCCAUGCAAAAGUUAGUCUUCUGCCCAUCAGACAGGUAGCUGAUGAAGCACUCUCUACGUAUAAACUUGAGCACCAUCCCGAGAAAAAGGGUAGCUCAGGAGUAAAACAGUACCUUGAGAAGCAUAAAGUCUUGCACACUGCUUUAUUAAUCUUGGUUCUUCUCGGUACAUGUAUGGUAAUCGGAGAUGGAGUUCUCACUCCAGCAAUUUCUGUUUUCUCUGCUGUGCCUGGCCUUGAGUUAUCCAUGUCCAAGGAACAUCACCACUGUAAGCUCCUGAUCUUGCUAUUUUAGAUAUUCUUCUCUUAU